GAUAAGACCCAAGUCCUAUAUCUUUUUUUCCAAGUUACCAUUGCCAUGAAGCAGGGUAUAUUCGAUCCUCAAAUUUUUUUCAAUUUUUUCUCUUUCUUCGUUUAUUAAUUAAUGUCUUGUUUUUUAUUUGUUUAUAUAAAAAUGUUCUUUAUAGACAAGUUCAUUCCAUUAUUUUGCGUACUACUGAGCAUCAUAGAAUCGAAAAACAUCGUUCAUCCCGAUUGUGACUACACGCAAGAAUUAGAACCAGAAGUUAAUUAUCAUAUAUAUAAUCCUGGUUAUCCUAAUUAUUAUCUGGGUAAACAUAAUUGCCGGUGGAGUGUUACGAGCAAUACUCGAAUUAAAUUGAAUUGCACAGUUUUUAAUGUUCCUUCGAAUUCAAAUUGUUCAUUGGAUUUUAUGAAGAUCGAAGUCGACGAUGGCAUCGAAUACGUUCUCUGUGGAUUGAAUUCUUUUCCAGUGGAAUCGCUAACAUCGAAAAUGACUAUAGAAUUCCAUUCGAAACGUAAUACAUAUGGUGGCAAAUUUCAAUGUGACCUCAAAACUAUCGAAGAGGAAUGUAGAUGUGGUUGGACGAAUCCGUCGAGAAUCGUUGGUGGGGUUGAAACAGGAAUAAAUGAAUAUCCUAUGAUGGCUGGUAUUGUAAAUUUUGAAAAAAGUUUUUUUUAUUGUGGUGCUACUAUAAUAACUACGCAACAUGUAUUAACGGCAGCUCAUUGUGUUGUAAGAUAUAUAAAAAAUUUCUCUAUCUUAGGAGUCAUUGUUGGGAAACAUAAUAUAUGGCCAGAUAACGAUACAAAGGCAACUCAACUUUACCUUAUCGAUGAUAUAAUCAUACAUCCAAAUUAUAAGCUAAAAUUAAACGAUUUGGCGGUUAUUAAAUUGCAGAAAAGAUUAGAAUAUUCUAUGAGAAUUGGUCCAGCUUGUCUUCCGUUCUAUUAUAUGCAGCAAAACUUUACGGGCGCUGUUGUUACAGCUGUAGGUUGGGGUCGUACGAAUUUUUAUGGUGUCAAGUCUCAAGUUUUGAGAAAAGUCGAUUUGCAUGUAGUUUCAACAAAGAAAUGUCUCAAGUAUCACUUUCUGGCUACACCUAAGCAACUUUGUACAUUCGAUAUGGGAAAGGAUGCUUGCCAGUUCGACAGUGGUGGUCCAAUUUUAUGGCAAAAUCCAAAAAGCAAACGUAUUUUCCUUCUUGGAGUCAUCAAUUAUGGAAGAACAUGUGCCGAUGAAGCUCCUGGUGUUAACUUGAGAGUCACUAGUUAUUUAGAUUUUAUUACAAGAUCAACACCUGGAGAAAUAUAUUGUCAGGCGUAUUAAAAAAGAAAUGAAUCACAUAUUACACAAAACGAAGGUUGAAUGCCUACCACACACAGCUGCAUAUAUGUAGACAUAUCACACAUACACUAUACGUUUCUUUCGUAAGCGAAAGAGCGGGAAGAUAGUAUUAGUAAAAAAAUAAAGAACGAGGUCAGAAGAAAUUGUAAUUUCGCUAUCGUCUCCUUUCCUCUCUCUUUUUAACGAUCAUGGAUAAAAAACACAAUUACGUGUCAUCUUCAAAAUAGAAGAUUGUUGAUAAAGCAAACACAUUAUUUGCAAACACGUUUGUGCAACAUUGUGUGCAUGUGUUUGUAUCAAAAGUACCUUCAUUCUUUUAAUAAGAAUUCAUAUGAAGGUGACUUACGGACCUUUGUAUGUUAGUAAUUCAGUGUCGCUCGCAAGACGGUAUUAAAGUACCGACACGGUCGGUUAAUUACGAGAUAUUUAUAUUGAUUGGCUCUUCUGAUUGUACGGCAUCCGCCUUUUUUUUCCUUGGAGGAUAUAUAUCCAUGCAAUUGUUUGCAGGAAAAAAUCCAUCCAAACAAGUCGACCACAAUCGAAGGACAUUUUCUUUUUUAAUUUAAGAAAUAACACAAGAAACUUGUGAAAAUGUUAUGAAAAAUAUUAUUUAAAAACUAUGCAUGUGUAAAACAGCUAAAGGAGCUCAUUUGACUGAUGUCAUAUACAUCAUUUUGUCCAUAUCUAUUGCUAAAAUCACACACGAUAUGGACAAAAUAUGAGCUAUAAGAGGAAAUGGAGAACGUUCUCCUUUCCAUGCUUCUAUCGCUUGCAUCAUGCAAAUCGAU